UAAGCCCUAAAACUAAAACCCCAUUCGGUGGCUCAACCACACACUGUCUCUGCCCCCAACACCUACAGUUUUCCCAACUCUGCGAUAAUCGAAGAUGACUCGCGGCAUUAAACAUCGUAUGAAAGCCAAGAGCAAGAGCAAGGGGUCGAAGAAAGAGGGUGGGUCCUCUUCAUCUUCGGCGCCACAAAUUCCAGCGAAGGUGUGGCAACCUGGUGUGGACAAGUUGGAAGAAGGUGAAGAGCUUCAGUGUGAUCCUUCUGCUUACAACUCUCUUCAUGGCUUUCACAUUGGAUGGCCCUGUUUGAGCUUUGAUAUUUUACGCGAUUCUCUGGGCUUGGUUCGAACAGAAUUUCCCCACACAGUAUAUUUCAUGGCCGGGACUCAGGCAGAGAAACCUUCUUGGAAUUCUAUUGGAAUUUUUAAAGUAUCAAAUAUUUCUGGAAAGAGACGUGAGCCAGUGCCUAAACUUGGAACUGAUGACUCUGGAAUGGAUGAUGAGGAUAGUGACAGUGAUGAUGAUAGUGGGGAUGAAGACGAAAAUGAUGCUCAGGGUCCUAGUUUGCAGUUGCGCAAGGUUACUCACCAAGGAUGUGUCAAUCGUAUACGCUCAAUGCCACAAAAUCCCCAUAUAUGUGCAGCUUGGGCUGAUACCGGUCUUGUGCAGGUCUGGGACCUAAGCUCCCACCUCAAUGCUCUAGCUGAGACUGAAACAGAAGGUGUCGAAGGAGUUGCUGCAGUUUUUAAUCAGGACCCGUUAUAUAAAUUUAAACACAAAGAUGAAGGUUAUGCAAUAGACUGGAGUCCUCUUGUUCCUGGAAGGCUAGUCUCAGGGGACUGCAAUAAUUCUAUUUAUCUGUGGGAGCCGAAAUCUGCUACAACAUGGAAUGUUGAUAAUGCUCCAUUUAUUGGACAUGCUGCUAGUGUUGAAGAUCUGCAAUGGAGCCCUACAGAACCUCACGUGUUUGCUUCUUGUUCUGUGGAUGGAAGCAUUGCAAUAUGGGAUAUCCGUUUGGGGAAGUCACCAGCUGCGUCUUUUAAGGCACACAAUGCUGAUGUGAAUGUCAUGUCAUGGAACAGGUUGGCUAGUUGUAUGUUGGCCUCUGGGAGUGAUGAUGGGACUAUUUCUAUUCGUGAUCUCAGACUGCUCAAGGAAGGGGAUUCUGUAGUAGCACAUUUUGAGUACCACAAGCACCCAAUAACAUCCAUUGAGUGGAGUCCACAUGAAGCCUCUUCAUUGGCUGUUUCAUCAUCUGAUAAUCAGCUCACAAUAUGGGACCUUUCUUUAGAAAAGGAUGAGGAAGAAGAGGCUGAAUUUAAAGCUAAAACCAAAGAACAUGUAAAUGCUCCUGAAGACCUGCCUCCCCAACUAUUGUUUAUUCAUCAGGGUCAGAAAGACCUGAAAGAGCUACAUUGGCACGCACAGAUUCCUGGAAUGAUUGUAUCUACCGCAGCAGAUGGAUUCAACAUCCUUAUGCCUUCAAAUAUUCAGAGCACACUGCCAUCAGAUGGUGCUUUAUAACCAUUAUGAGUUGGAAAAGUUGCUUCUGAGUACAAACCAUGGUGAAUCUACUUGAAUGUUGAAGAAAGUUUCCUUUUGUAUUCUUUCCCCCUUUGUUCUUUUUCGGUUCCUAUCGUUUUCUUUUUUCCUAUGCUUCAAGUUUUGUGGAUUAUCCGGUUAGCUUGGUAUUCUUCACUUGAUUUUGAGUGCAAUUUUCGUGUAAGCUAUGUGACAUAAAUUGAUGCUAGUAAUAUAGACCAAGUAAAAUGGAAACAAACAUGCCAGUGUAGCCGAUAUUUUAUUUAUAUAUUUGUCUUAAUUUAGCCA